GCUCAUCUCUUUCCUUCGCAAUUGUGAAAUGAAAAUAAGGAUUCAGUUUGAGAGCCCUACGUUUUUUGUUUAUUUCAAUUUUCUGCAAUUUUUUUUAUUAAAUUUAGUGGCUGCAUGGUAAAAACCGGACCAGCGGCUCAAUCGGCUCGAACGGUUAACCACCUCGGCCGCUCGCCAACCGCUUCAUAAAAUUGGAGUGGCUUUUAGACUGUUUCGAGCCGUUUUAUGACCGGGUGGCGGUUUUACCGAUCGGGCCGAGCGGCUCGGCUCGGCUUUAAUAACACUGGUAAAGAGAUUAAAAAAAAUGGGGUAAAGAGAACAUAUUAUUUACCAACAAUGUACAUUGCCUAAAUAAUGUACAUUGCCAGUUGUCAUUGCUUCCUCAACGGAAAAAUGACAUGUCCUUUUUCUUCAGGUGCUACCAUGAUCCCUCAAAAGCAUAAAUCUUAACAAUUCUCCUAGGUUUCGUUUGGUUUUGGGAUAGUUUGGUUGGAAUAGUUACAAUGCAUGCAAUGUUCAUAAUUAUAGGUGACAAUUAGAUUGGAUUUGUGGAUUGGAUUGGUGGAUCCAUGGAUCCAAUGGAUUGGUGGAUUCAUUGAUUGGAUUCAAUGGAUUGGUGGAUUGAUCCAUGAAUCCAAAUGACAUACAAGGUUGGACCAAAAUAUAAAUUUUGAAAAGUUUAGGUACUAAAAUGUCUUAAUGAAAAGUUUUAGGUACCAAAAUGUAAUUUACCAAUGAUAUUUUCGUAUAAAAAUAUAAAUUUUAGGUACAAAAAUGUCAAAUAUAAAAAAUAUAGGUACUAAAUUGUAAUUUGUCAUUUGGAUCCAUGGAUUGAUCCAUGAAUCCACCAAUCCAAUUGGAUUUGGAUCAAAUGGAUUGGAUUAGAUGGAUAAUUUGGUGGAUGGAUUGGAUUGGAUUCAUAGAUUUGGAUCUUAAUUGCCCCCUCUAUUCACGAUGUAUCUUUUUUUUUUAAAUUUCUGCAUAAACAAUACAUGCAUUUUUUUUUGUGGAGAGAAACAAUACAUGCAUUGUUUGCAUGAUGUGACACAAACUAUCACUCAAAAUAAGUGAUAGUUAAAUCUCAAGUUUUUAUUAAGAUUGUUGUGUUGUUUUCUUCUUCCAACUAUGUCCCUACGUUUUUUAUAUAUGUUAUUUUUUUAUACUAAAAACAAAGGGUACAAAUGACAUUUCACCCAUAAAGUAAUAUAAUUUAUUUAAACACUACAAUAACUAUUACAGAAACCAAACAAUGUAAAUUACAAUGCACCAAUUUUCUUAUAUACAUGUAUAUUAUUAUGCAUGCAUUGAUAACAAUACACCGACUUAAUCUUUGAAGUGAGUGGAAGAAGAAUUCAUGACAAAUAAAAUGGAAAGAAAGAGAUGCAAAUGUCUAUACAUCAAUUUAACAUAUAAUAUUAUUUAAUAUUAGAAAGUACUAUACAUGACUCGUAAUCAUAUGUUUUGUUAUGUGGUUAGUUUUAUGGGGAUAUAAAACAAGAUAAUGAAAUUUUAAAUGUAAGGGAAAAAUGGUAACAUUAUACAAAUAAUUCAUUUAUGAAUGAUUCAUCUAAGUACUAUUAAAAAAACAAUUAAUUUGCAAAUAUCUACAUUUCUCAAAUAUAUUUGAGCAAACGACUACCCUAACUAAAGGAAUGCCUAGGUAUCUAGAGAUAAUUGCUCGAAGUUGAAGGUAUCUGAUCUGAUCUGGCAGUACUUAAUUACUGAAAGCAACUUUUAUUUUUCUUUAUUGGAACACUAAAAUUAACUUGGAGGGGAAGGUAAAAUAGUAAAAGUAGUAGUCCCUACUAACCCAGACCAUGCAUGGAUGAUGGGGCGCACCGCGCAUGUUAGAGAAUCUGUGACAGCAAAGGAGCAAGGGCCGGUGGGCAGCAGGGGAGGAGUACAACAGUACAAAACAAACAAACAAACAAACUGGGCAAAACGGGCGCGCAUCGCACGGGCACACUGCACACACAACGGUGGGAUAGUACCCGACUGCCCUUUCUCCCUCUCAUCUCAACCGUCUGGCCGUAGGCCCCACCGGCCACCAGUGGGGGGAGAGAGAAGUCGUAUCGUAACCACGUCAACUACUGGGCCCCACGCGACUACCCUCUCUGAAAUGAAAUCACAACGGCAGCUCAGUUGUGGUGGCCACGUGGCAUUCGUGGGCAACACACGUACAGGAACAGGACAGCGUGCAGUGAUGAUUGAUUGGUGGGAGUGGGAGGGCACGAGAGGAGUGUGAUCUGAUCUCCUCUCCUCUCCUCUCCUCUCCUCUGUUUGAUGACGUCAUUCUGUCAUUCACUACACGCUGGCCGCCUGCUACUGAUCCUUCUGAUUCCCCCUCCCCCAACCUCCCGCCAAUCUCCGCCCUUCACUUAACGUGCACAUCUAAUCCAACGCUUGUUAUUCUCUCUCUCUCUCUCUCUCUCAUUUUACCGAGUUAUAAUUUUACCUCAAUUACUCUACUCUACUGAACUACUGAUUAACUUGCAUACAACUUAAGCAUUCCCUCUUUAAUGGCCCCGGAUAUACAUACAAAUCAAAAGCAUCUGAAAUUAACAUCACUAUUGACG